GGCGGUGUCUGUUUUGUUUUUAGUCUGAGGAUAACACUCAAGGGUGAAUCAUCCAGCCUUCUUCAGUACAGGUGUACCAGAAUUAGUGUAGACUGAAUCUCCACUCCUGUAUACAACAUGGCUAUGAUAAUUCAACCUAUGCCUGAACCUAUGGUAGUGGUUCAGCCUGCCAUGGUCCAGCCUGUCAUGGUCCAGCCCAUACACCAACCUGUAAUCCAGCAGCCCCCAGGCCCUGUGGUGAUCCGGCCCCCUUUGAAAGACAGACCUGGGAGGAUGAAGUGCACUUGCUGCCAUCAGGAAAUGGUCACAGUCACCAGAGGUGUUAAUGGAGUUCUUACCUGGACUAUCUUUGGAACCCUCUUAGUCUGCGGGAUCUGGCCGUUAUGCCUGAUUCCGUUCUGUGUAAAAUCCUGUAAGGACAUAGAACACACCUGCCCCAGCUGCCAGAACGUUGUGUACAUUCACAAACGCAUGUGAGAAUCUCCAGACAAGAGAACCUGCACUGGCACUGCGAUUUUUCCUUAACAUCUUUAAACUAGUGGAUAGUUAAUGAACUUUUUUUUUAUUUUUGUAACUGCAAGUCCAUCUAACAGUCCAAUACAAAAACAGUAGAAGCAUUUUGGACAUGUUGUUUUCUAGAGCAGAUACGUUUUUUUUUAACUGCAAUUUCUGUCUUGCUGGCUCAAGCAACUGAGGAAAAACUGAAAUCAUCAAUUACCAGACAGAGGAUGGGGAAGUACAGUAAAAGAUUCCUCUGUGUUUGCUUCUGGGUGAUUGUUCCGAACCUUUUAAGUGUGUCUUAUAUUAAUGUACAUAUUAAAUAUACAAUCAAACAAACAAAAGUGGCACUUCAAUAAUAAUAAUUAAUAGUGACUGUAUAGUCACUUUAUAUAUACUCAUAUAGAUCCAUGCCACUUGGUCUAAACAGAUUAAAGUAAUUAAAAUCA